CCCACCCACCCCCGCCGCAGAGCCGAGUGCGGGCCUAGGUGAAAGGUUCCCGCGGCUCCGGGAAGAUGGCCGCAGCCGUGGUGCUGGCCGCCGGGUUGCGCGCGGCGCGUAGAGCCGUGGCGGCCGCGGGGCCGCGGGGGGCACAGGUCCGAGGAGCUGCAGGUGUGACUGAUGGGAGUGAAGUGGCCAAGGCCCAGCAAGCUGCUUCUGGGGGAACAGCCCCAACCAUCUUCUCCAGGAUCUUGGACCGUAGCCUCCCAGCUGACAUUCUGUAUGAGGACCAGCAGUGUCUCGUGUUCCGUGAUGUGGCCCCUCAGGCUCCUGUGCACUUCUUGGUCAUUCCUAAAAAGCCCAUUCCUCGGAUUAGCCAGGCAGAAGAAGAAGACCAGCAGCUCCUAGGACACCUACUCCUUGUGGCCAAGAAGAUAGCAACGGCUGAGGGCCUGGGAGAUGGAUACCGACUUGUGAUCAAUGAUGGGAAGCUGGGUGCACAAUCUGUAUAUCACCUGCACAUUCAUGUACUUGGGGGCCGACAGCUCCGGUGGCCUCCAGGUUGAACUUGUCAACUGAACAAGAACUCCAGAUAUGAUUACUUGGGUGGAGAAGGGAAAAAAGAACCCUUGAUGCUAAUAAAACUGCUCUCCUUCAA